GUUUAGCGUGACGAGCGUGACAAACCGACCGCAACGCAACCAGCAAAUUCGAAACAACACAAACAAAACGCGCGCGAUUUCCUCGGAUUUAAAAUAAUUUAAACAUGUUAAAUUUUUUGAUAGUUCAAUAUGGAAAAAAUGUCUACAAAUGAACCGCAUAUGUUCCGGACGAUUCAAUCUCUAGCAAAAGCAGAAAAACUCGAAGAUCCGUUUGAGAAGGUUGAAUCGCUGCGAUGUGGUACGUCUCAGCUGUUUUACGACUCUCUCGCUUGUAACGAUGAAAAAUUUACAUGCUCUUUGGUACAAAGUCAUUUGCACAAAUAUCAGGAUGCGAUGAUUGAUCCAGAUUCCGUCAACAACUACUGUGAUGAAGUAAUGCAACUGCUAACGACCACUGGGCAGUCUGAUGAGGUUGACGAGAUUGAAGGCUCGGAAAUUUCUGCGAUUGCACUAGACGAUCCCCUAUCCUAUUUGACAGCGGAGAGAUUUUGCAAAGGUCGUUUUGAAGACUGUUCCAGCUGGGAGUUGAAUGAUGUAAUGGUGGAAUCACUGUUUGAAAGCGAUCCCAAAGCGGGUCGUCAGUCUCACGGCGAUGAAAGGGACAUAAGUUUUAGAACUAAUGCCACGUCCGUGAUACAACCCAAAGAAAACAUUACAACGCUAUCAGGUAUUGAAAGAAUGGAGCCCACAGUUCUGGAGGAAAUAUCGAAAAGAGUAUUUGCACCGCCAACGAGGAGCUUUUUUGCUCCAAAAGUUCCAACAAACUCCGCAAAUAGUGCCCGAAGCCCCGUUGCAACUACUUCCAGCUCUAGAAGCACCGCCGAUGCAAAUGCCGAACGUAAGACUGACGAAAACAAUUUCCGAACGGCCAAAGAUGAACUGCAAAUCCAAAACAUUAAGAAAUACGGCAACGCAAAUCCUCCAGGAAAAACGCCGCUUUUUUCAUAUGGCAAAAAAUCCCUCGGUGGUCGCCGAACAUUGGGAGGAAAAUUUGUGUGCCCAGUUCGCAACGAAGCAGGAGCAGACGAGACGAACAGAGCUGGUGCCGCUACAGGCUCUCCAAGUUCAUCUCGCUACAGUCAGGAGGAUAGGCCGGAGGAUGAAGAAAUAGACGAACGUCUGCGUCAUAUCGACCCAAAGAUGGUAGAGCUAAUUCGUAGCGAAAUCAUGGAUCGUUUCACGCCGCUGACUUGGGACGAUAUUGCUGGCUUAGACUAUGCCAAAACUAUCAUUCAAGAAGCGGUCGUUUGGCCCAUAUUGCGACCGGACAUCUUCACCGGGCUUCGUCGACCCCCACGGGGAAUUCUACUAUUUGGGCCACCAGGAACGGGAAAAACGUUGAUUGGGAAGUGCAUUGCCUCGCAGUCCAAAUCGACCUUUUUCAGUAUCAGUGCUUCGUCCCUGACAUCCAAGUGGAUCGGAGAUGGUGAGAAAAUGGUUCGGGCACUUUUUGCCGUGGCCUCGGUUCAUCAACCGGCGGUUGUUUUCAUAGACGAAAUCGAUUCCCUUCUUUGUCAACGAUCGGAAACGGAGCAUGAGAGUUCCCGAAGAUUGAAAACGGAAUUCCUGGUUCAACUGGAUGGGGCGGCCACUGCGGAAGACGAAAGAAUCCUGAUCGUUGGAGCUACCAAUCGUCCUCAGGAACUCGAUGAGGCGGCCCGUCGUCGGCUUGUCAAACGGUUAUACAUUCCUUUGCCGGAACUUCCGGCAAGAGUUCAGAUUCUGUCCCGUUUACUGGGAAGUGAGAAGAAUUCUCUUUCGAGCGCGGAAAUCAGUGAGAUCGGACAACUAACUGACGGCUUCUCUGGUGCUGAUAUGAAAGUUCUGUGCCACGAAGCUUCGAUGGGACCGAUCCGAUCAAUUCCCUUCGAUCAACUGGGGCAAAUCGGGAAGGACGAUGUGCGACCUGUGUGCUAUGAAGAUUUUAAGGCGGCGCUCGGUCGGGUAAGAGCCAGCGUGUCUCCGAAUGAUCUGACACAGUACGUGAAGUGGGAUCGGCUUUACGGUUCCGGUGCUUCCAGCUAACUACCAAAGGUAAGUGAGAUGGGGGUGGAUGUGUACUAAAUGAAUAAAUUAUGUUAAUCGAA